AUGAAAUUUUCCCUCUCAUAUAUUGUUUCCUUUCAACACACAACAAUCUCUCUUCACACCCUCUCUCUCUCUCUCUCUCUCUAUUUAUUGCUAUCUCUUUCACUUUAUUUCUCUAUAUCUAUCUAUCUCUCAGAUGUGACUCUAUUUUCUCUCAACUCUAAUAUCUAUCUAUCUAUCUAUCUAUCUAUCUAUCUAUCUAUCUAUCUAUCUAUCUUCCUAACUUUACCUAAUCUACAUUAUCUACCAUAUCCAUUCUGUUUAUAUCUUACUAUCUUCUUCGUCUUCUCUUUCUUGACUAUCAAGUUUUUUUUUUUUUUUCCUUUAUCUUUUCUUUUCUUUUCUGAUGAUUUUCUCAAUCAUUCUGUUUCUUUCUUUCUUUUCUUUUCUUCAUUUUUUCCAUUUCUCUCAAUCCAUUAUCUUAUCUAUCUAUCUAUCUAUCUAUCCAUUAUAUCUAUCCCAUCUGUUUUAUUUAUUUGGGGAUCUAUCUAUCUAUAUCUAUCUAAGAUUAUAUUUGAUAUCCAUCUAUCUUUUUCAUCUCUAUCUAUCUAUCUAUCUAAGAUUGUUCCAUAUCAUCUUUCUAUCUAUCUAAAAAUCUAUCUAUUUAUCUAUAUAUCUUAUUGUUCGAUAUCUAUCUAUUGUAUAUUAUAUAUCUAUCUAUCUAUCUAUCUGAUCUAUCUAUCAAAAUUUAUUCCAUUUUUUCUAUUCUAUCUAUCUAUCUAUCUAUCUAUCUAUUUUCUAUCUAAAAAUCCAUUUAAAUACAUAUCUAUCAUCCAUCUAUUUGUGAUUACUAUCAUAAUAAAAAAUUCCAUUUUCAUUCUUUUUGAAAAUUGUUUUCUUGCUUUCUUCCCAUCCAUCAAGACUAUCUGUUUUUUAUUUCCUUCAUCUAUCUGUUAUCUUUCUGUUUUUCUAUCUAUCUCUCUUUCUAUCUAUUUUAUAUUCUAUCUAUUCUCAUCUAUUCCUCUAUCUUUGUCCCAUCUAUCAUCUAUCUAUCUAUCUAAAAUAUUUUUCCAUAUCCAUUUAUCUAUUCAUCUAUCUAUCUAUUCAUCUAUCUAUCUAUUUUCAUUCCAUAUAUCUUCAAAAUAUCAUCUAUCUAUCUAUCUUCCUCCUCUAUCUAUCCAUCCAUCUAAGAUUGUUCCAUAUCUAUCUAUCUAUUCUAUUUAUCUAAAAAUCUAUUAUCUAUCUAUCUAUCUCAUCCAUCUAAGAUUGUUUUUUCUAUUCAUCUAUCCAUCUAUCUAUCUAUCCAUCUAUCUAUCUAUCUAUUCAUUGUUCCAUAUCUAUCUAUCUUUCAUCUAUCUAUCUAUCUAUCUAAAAUUGUUCCAUAUCUAUCUAUCUAUCUAUCUAUCUAUCCAUCUAUCUAAGACUGUUCCAAUCUAUUUUAUCUAUCCAUCUAUCUGUAUCUAUCUAUCUAUCUAUCUAUCUAUCCAUCAUUUUUCUAUUGUUUCCAUAUCUAAAUCUAUCUAUCUAUCUAUCUAUCCAUUCUAUCUAUCUAUCUAUCUAAGAUUGUUCUGUUCUAUCUAUCUAUCUAUCUAUCUAUCCAUCUAUCUAAGAUUGUUAAAUAUCCUCCAUCUAUCUAUCUAUCUAUCUAUCUAUCUAUCUAUCUAUCUAUCUAUUAUCUAUCCAUAUUUUGUUCAGUCUAUCUAUCUAUCUAUCUAUUUAUUUAUCUAUCUAAGGUAUCUAUCCAUCUAUAUCUAUUUAUAUCUAUCCAUCUAUCUAUCUUUCUAUCUAUCUAUCUAUCUAAGAUUGUUCCAUAUCAUUCUAUCUAUCCAUCUAUCUAUGUAUCUAUCUAAGAUUGUUUCAUCAUAUCUAUCUAUCUAUCUAUCUAUCUAUCUAUCUAUCUAUAUCUAUCUAUCUGUUUUGUUCUAUCUAUCUAUCUAUCUAUCUAAGAUUUUUCCCAUAUCUAUCUAUCUAUUCAUCUAUCUAUAUUGUUCCAUUCCAAAAAAUCUAUCUAUCUAUCUAUCUAUCUAUCUAUCUAUCUAUCUAAGAUUGUUCCAUAUCUAUCUAUCUAUCUAUCUAUCUAUCUAUCUAUCUAUCUAUCUAUCUAUCUAUCUAAGAUUGUUCCAUAUCUAUCUAUCUAUCUAUCUAUCUAUCUAUCUAUCUAUCUAUCUAAGAUUGUUCCAUAUCUAUCUAUCUAUCUAUCUAUCUAAGAUUGUUCCAUAUCUAUCUAUCUAUCUAUCUAUCUAUCUAUCUAUCUAUCUAAGAUUGUUCCAUAUCUAUCUAUCUAUCUAUCUAUCUAUCUAUCUAUCUGUCUUUCUUUUUAACUUUUUAUUGUUUUUCUAUUAUUUCUAUUGUUCCAAUCUAUCUAUCUAUCUAUCUUCUAUCUAUCUUCUAUCUAUCUAUCUAUCUAAGAUAGAUUUAUCUAUCUAUCUAUCUAAAAAUCUAUCUAUCUAUAUAUAUAUCUAUCUAUCUAUCUAUUAUCUUUAUCAAUUAAUCUAUCAGUAUCUAUCUAAAUCUAUCUAUCUAUCUAAGAUUAAUUAUUCCAAUCCAUCUAUCAUCCAUCUAAAACAUUAUCUAUCUAUCUAUCUAAGAUUGUUCCAAAUCUAUCUAUCUAACAUCCAUCUAUCUAUCUAUCCAUCUAUCUUCUAUCCAUCUAAGAUUGUUCCACAUCUAUCUAUCUAUCCAUCUAUCUAUCUAUCUAUCUUCUAUCUAAGAUUGUUUUAUAUCCAUCAUCUAUCUAUCUAUCUAUCUAUCUAUCCAUCUAUCUAUCUAUCUAUCUAUCUAAGAUUGUUCCAUAUCUAUCUAUCUAUCUAUCUAUCUAUCUAUCUAUCUAUCUAUCUAAGAAAAUCCAAAAUCUAUCUAUCUUCUUUUAUUAAUCUAUCUAUUUUUAUCAUCUAUCUAAGAUUGUUUUAUAUCUAUCUAUCUAUCUAUUCAUCUAUCUAUCUAUCUGUUUGCUCAUAA